UUCCGCCCUAGUGCGCAUGCUCCGCGGGGCCACGGUUCUCCGACCGGCUGGGGUAGUGUCAGCUCCAGUGAAGGAAGUUUCCGCUUUGCACCCCACCCCGGACCACAGUUCUCUUGUAGGACCGGCUUCCCUCCGGCUCCACAUCAGCGCAUCCGGAUCAUGGGGUUACCCAAGGGGCCGGAGGGCCAGGGGCUCCCCGAGGUGGAAACGAGAGAAGAUGAAGAACAAAAUGUCAAGUUGACUGAGAUUCUGGAGCUCCUGGUCGCAGCCGGGUAUUUCAGAGCAAGAAUCAAAGGCUUGUCUCCCUUUGACAAGGUAGUAGGAGGGAUGACGUGGUGUAUCACCACUUGCAACUUUGAUGUGGAUGUGGACUUGCUCUUUCAGGAAAACUCUACGAUCGGUCAAAAAAUAGCUCUUUCAGAAAAGAUUGUCUCGGUUCUGCCAAGGAUGAAGUGCCCCCAUCAGCUGGAGCCCCACCAGAUCCAGGGCAUGGACUUUAUUCACAUAUUCCCUGUUGUGCAGUGGCUGGUGAAGCGAGCUAUAGAAACAAAGGAGGAAAUGGGUGACUACAUCCGUUCCUAUUCUAUAUCCCAGUUCCAGAAGACCUACAGCCUCCCGGAGGAUGAUGACUUCAUAAAGAGAAAGGACAAGGCCAUCAAGACGGUUGUCGACCUCUCUGACACUUACAAGCCCCGUCGCAAGUACAGACGGCAGCAGGGAGCGGAAGAGCUGCUGGACGAGGAGUCCCGCGUCCACUCCACGCUUUUGGAAUAUGGCAGGGUGACCGAUCCCUUGAUGAGAUACGGAUUUAGUCGCCAGAGCAAAACAGAGAAGGCCGAGGACAAGAAAACAACGCUUGCCGCCGGGCUAUCGGCCACAGAGAAGACGGAUGCUCACGAGGAAGAUGAGCUUCGAGCGGCUGAGGAGCAACGAAUUCAGUCCCUGAUGACCAAGAUGACUGCCAUGGCAAACGAGGAGAGCCGCCUCACUGCCAGCUCCGUGGGCCAGAUCGUGGGUCUCUGCUCUGCUGAGAUCAAGCAGAUUGUGUCUGAGUAUGCAGGGAAGCAAUCUGAGCUGUCCGCUGAAGAAAGUCCAGAAAAAUUAGGAACCUCCCAGCUGCAUCAGCGGAAGGUCAUUUCCUUGAAUAAGCAGAUUCUGCAGAAGACCAAACAGCUACAAGAGCUGCAAGGGAAUCAUACCAGCCUCCAAGCCAAGUACAGUGACAUGAAGAAGACACUGGCGGAGCUGAAGAAUCAUGGUGAGAAACUAGACAAAGAACAGGCAGCCCUGGAGAAAUUAGAAGCCAAGGCUGACCCGAGCAUUCUGCAGAGCCUGAGAGCACUGGUAGCCAUGAAUGAAAACCUGAAAAGCCAGGAGCAGGAGUUUAAAGCACACUGCCGGGAGGAGAUGGCUCGGCUGCAGCAGGAAAUUGAGACCCUGAAAGCUGAGAGAACACCGGGCGAGAAGACUCUCUCCGAUGGAGAGCCACAGGGUGCCCUGACCUCCACCAUGACUCACAACGAGGACCUGGACAGACGGUACACCAUGGAAAAAGAGAAGCUGUACAAGAUCCGCUUACUUCAGGCACGAAGAAAUCGAGAAAUAGCCAUUUUGCAUCGCAAGAUUGACGAAGUGCCCAGUCGAGCCGAGCUGAUACAGUAUCAGAAGCGAUUUAUUGAGCUCUACCGUCAGAUUUCUGCGGUACACAAGGAAACCAAGCAGUUCUUCACUUUGUACAACACCCUGGACGACAGAAAAGUUUAUUUGGAAAAGGAGAUUAGCCUGCUUAACUCGAUUCACGAGAACUUCUCCCAAGCCAUGGCCUCCCCUGCUUCCCGGGACCAGUUUUUAAGGCAGAUGGAACAAAUCGUCGAAGGCAUUAAACAAAACAGGAUGAAGAUGGAAAAGAAGAAGCAGGAGAACAAGAUGAGAAGGGACCAGUUGAACGAUCAGUACCUGGAGCUUCUGGAAAAGCAGCGGCUCUACUUCAAGACUGUGAAAGAGUUCAAAGAGGAGGGCCGGAAGAAUGAACUCUUGCUGUCCAAGAUCAAAGCCAAGGCCUCCUGAACAUCCAUCUCCACCUCUGUAUGUUGGCGAUAUUUUUAAUGGCAUGUAUAGACUACAGGAUCCUGAAACGGUUCUGAAAGUGAUGGUGGAAAGAUGCGGGAAGACUCAUUUCUACUCUCCGGAUGGAUGUUUUCUUUCUCCUAUUUGUUUCUUUUCAUCUCUCCUGGCUGCAGCUGGUGGACUCAGAGUUUCAACACCAUGGCUUGGAUGACGCCUAGAACCCUGUGAAGAAAUGUGGGCGAUGCUCAUUCACUCUGCCCGCCCAACUUUUUCCUCCAGUAACACUGCAUUUAUGAAGGUACCUAGAUUUGUACGGACCCUGAGAAUAAAGAGCAUUUAUUAGUUGAGCACCUGCUGAAAAAUGAGCCCUGAGAUAAAUGUAGCAGAAUACAGAACAUUGUCCCUUCUCCUCUGGCAUCUGGCAGGGGCCAGAGAGCAGAUACAACCCACUUGACCCCUGAAGUUUGUCCCUAGCAAUGUCUCAGAAGGCUGCUGAGGGAGCAGCCAGCCCAGUCCUGUGGCUGGCGUUGGCCGUGCACCUACCAUUGUGCCUUCUGUUCUGGCUUCUCACAGUGCGUGUGGACUAUGGGCGGGGCCUGCAUGCGGAGCAAUUAGCCCACAGGUGUAGAGACGGAAGAGGUGAGGUUCCGGUUUUCUAGUGUUCACCUGUCUGUGUUGGGAAGACUGAUACAAAGUGACCCUUCAUCUGGAGCCAUGCUUCUCGGUGUUUCCUUUGGCAUGGCUGUGGGUGUGUCCAGCCCUCAGGCUACAUGUGGUCCAGGAUAGCUGUCAGGGUGGCUCAGUGUCAUCCCUUUAACCCUGCACACCACCCAGGUUCACUUCAUGGAAAUACUGCAAAUGCACCUUCCAUUGAGGACACUUCAGUAAGAAUUGAAGCUUCCCAUAUCCGGCCGGGCCUUGUUUGAGGUGUAUCCCAUGUUCCUGCACUGCAGAUGUCAGGGUCUAAGUGAAGAUUAAGAUGUGUAUUCUGUUCGGUACUAUCAGAGCAGACCUGGGGAAAGACAGCAGGCUCUGAGCAUGGAGGAAAAGCAGGUUUUAGGGACGUGAGGACUCCAUGGAGGAAACAGUACUUGGACUAGAUCUGCAAGGAAGAGGAUGUUAGCUGAGAUGGGAGGAAGGGCCUUUAAUACCCCCCAAAGCCUUGGUUUUAGGCCCUGGAAAAUGAGCAGACCAAAGCAAUUGCAGAGUACUCUCCUCAGCAAUCAGGAACCUAGCAACUGGGUCAUGCUCAGUUAACCCCAGUGUAAGGCUUGUGCUUCAUCCUGCAUAAAGUUAACCUGAACGGCAGAUUGGGACCAUUUGACAGAAGCAUAAAUAUGUGAGGCAGGUGGAGCAUUGGGCAGAAGCACCAUUCACUGUUUGUUUCCUGAUGUAUGUGAUUAAGAGGCAUGAGUCAUACAGACUUAGAGGGACGAGGUGCUGGGGCCCAGUUGGUGAGCGCUUGCCUAGGUUCCAUCCCUAACAUCACACAAGUCAGACAUGGUAGGGCACAUUUGUGAUGUGCUCUCAGGACAUAGAGUCAGGAGGAUCAGGAAAUCAAGGUCAUCCUAGGCUAAACAGCAAACUGGAAACCAGCCUGGGCUACACAAGACUGUCUCCCACCCCAAAAGAAAAGCCCAGGCAGGCUUAAUAGCAUCAUCAGUUCCUGAACCAGGGUCACUGAGCUGCAGUGAGCUGGGUAGGAACAGCAGCAGCUAAAGCAUCACUCCCCUGUGCCAGCACACUUCCUAGUGAGCCCUGUGCCCACCUCUACCUGCACUGGGACCUGCAUGGUCACGAGAGCAUUGUGAAAAGUCUCGGCUAAAGUAAACACUUGUAAAAUAAUAAUGAAGUUAAUAAAAAUAAAGUAGGAUUUUGAGGAAGGAGACAGCAUUUUGACCUUGUUAGAACUAUCCCAAUUAAUAAAAAUAAAGUAGGAUUUUGAGGAAGGAGACAGCAUUUUGACCUUGUUAGAACUAUCCCAAUUAAUAAAAAUAAAGUAGGACUUUGAGGAAGGAGACAGCAUUUUGACCUUGUUAUAACUAUUCCAAUUCAGAGGAGAGGAUCACUAGUCUGUAGACAUGUUCAACCACAGGGUCCCUGUAGCCAAGCAUCGCUGUGAAUGUGGCCCAACACAAAAUUGUAAAGUAAUUUAAAACAUUGAGGUUCUUUUCCCUCUGUGCUUUUUUUUUUUUUUUUAACUCCAUUAUACUGUGUACUCUGUAUAAACUUCGGAGAUGACAAUAUCAUGUUAUCAUAUCAAAAGGUUGGUCACUCCUGGUGGAGAGAAAUUGGUAGAUAUCUUGUCCCAUUUUUUAAUCCACAAGGCUUAACACAGAUGAUGGGAGGUUCGUGUGACUAGCUCUAUAGUACCGGGUAUGAAGUCCCUCCUGAGGAACAGGCCACAGAUCUAAACAAAGGACAGUUGGUUACCCCAUAACAGCCAUGCCAGUGUUUUGCCAAUGCUCACAUCUUGCCUGGCUGGUUGGUAUCUUAGUUGCAAGUUCAUAGCUGGCUAAGACUGUUGAUGACGCCCUCCUCCCCAGCUGCCUGUGGAGCAACAUCUGCCACCAUGAAAGCUAGCCAGCAGGGAGGAAGCUUCUAGCUCGGAUCUAUCUCGAUUGCUCUGUGACUUUCAUUCAAAGUAUGUGGUACCUGAAGCAGUAGUGUCUUUCCAUCUAGUUCUGCUGACCAACCAUGAGCAUGGCUGGCCUGUACUGUUUUGGAGCCUCCUGGGUUGGCUGGGUUGGUUGAAUACUCUGAAUUAGGCUUCAGAAGCCAGCACUGAGAAUCCUACACGUGCUUCUGACAUGCUGGUGAUUCCAGCAUGAAAUAGGCUGAGGAGAUUCCCUGAGGGCCCUGGUCAUUUCAGAAUCCAUCUGGAGACUGGUGAAAGGGCGGGGCCUGCCCAGGCAGUGUCUUCUGUGCCCAGACAUGGGAUAGCAUUGUGUUCUAAGCCUCCUGGCUUUUACCAGAGUUAUAAGACAGUGGAGAAACAUUUGUAAGUGACUUUUUUUUUCCCAGUGUGCACUUUAAGAGAAACCAGAUUCAGAGCAGGGAGCUUAUUGACAGGACUGGCACCCAGUGCCAUGCUUUCUCGGUCUCUAGGUGAGAAGCUGCCUUCACUCCCAUUUCCUUCUCCUAGAAUACCUGGGGGUACUCUGGUUACCAUCAGGCUCAGAGCAGCGUGCAGUCGUGAUCUGGGUGAGAAUAAAGUGAUGGUGAGAUGUCUGGGAGGCUGUGGGGACAUUCUGUUGUUCUCCCAUGUUCAGUAUUUAGUCAGCCAGCAGCACGUGGGCAGCACAUAGUACCAUAGGACAGCUGCCAGCCUGUCUCCAAGGGCUGGUGUUUUCCUACUGGAGCAGAGCCCAUGUCGGGCUUAAAUAGUGAAGACACAGACUGGUGGUGGAACCAAACCAGCAUUUGGUCACCAGGCAGGGCUCUUCCUCUCCACACUGUCCCUGGAGACCUCUCAAAACCUUGAAGAAAACAUGGGACAGGCCCUCCAGCAGCCCUCUUACUACCUCACAAAGUGCCAUUCCCAUGGACUGUCACUUGGGCAGACUCUCAGCUUGUCUAUCCUGAGUAAAGCAGACACUACCUGAAGGGGUGUCUGGGACACCCAGCCCGGCCUGCAGCCUGUACCUUCUACAUUUCUCCCGCCUCCGCGGUUCUAUCCUGCCUGCUCUCCAGGCCAUGGAAGGUCAGUUUAAGGGGACUGGAUAUCCUAGCAAUAACUUCUAGCAGUGACUUUGACUUGUGAAGGUUCAGGUGGUUGAAUUGGAAUAUGCUCUGAGAAACACUGGAAGGAGAUGGUUAUGAUGUAGUCAUUGCCGGGGUUGGUCACCAAGAAAAAGAACACCUUAAUGCAGAGCCGUACAAGGAAGAGUAACAUGGGUGCUACUGUCUGUUCUUGCAGCUGGGCAUGGCCAGAGGAAGAGCCUUAGGAGAUGCGCCUUAGAGUCCGCCAUGCUCUCUCUUCUAGCAGCAGGGGGCAGUAGGCCAAAGUUGUCCAUAAAAUGUCAUGGAGAGCUGGGGAGACGGCUUAGCAGUGAAGUGCUUGCCUUGCAAGCAGGAGGACCUGAGUCAGCGUCCCCAGCAUCCACAUAAAAAGGCAAGCACAGCCAUGUGCUCUUGUAUUCCCAGCACUAGACAGGCAGAGACAGAAUGAUCUCUGGGCCUCACUGACCAGCCAGACUAGCUCAAUUGGUAAGCUUCAGAGUCAGUGAGAAAACCUGUCUCAUAAAAUAAGGUGGAAAGCAAUCCGAAGGCAACUGAGUUGACCUCUGGCCUUCACUUGCACAGGCAUAUACAUGCACAUGCACACACACCCCAUACACAUAUAGGAACAUGCACAUACAAAAAAAAGUAAUGCAUGUUUCUAUCUUCUUAGAAUAAAUAUGAUGUAUGAGAUCAUGAUCAGGGUUUUAGUACCUCAUCUGCAGUGUGUUUGACACCAUGGGGAAUUUCUUCUUCUGUAUCCUCAUCAGCCUGUAUUAGUUUCCUAGAUGGACCAAGUUCACCCUCUGUGGGUAUUUUCCUCAUAUGUCCUCUGACUAGGCUCUGUCCUCUCCCUGGCUUGGUGUAGUGGCUUCCCAUGAUCAUCUGUGUGGUCCCUUUUACAUUGGCCUCCUGAUCCCCAGUCCACCCACCACAUCUGUUGUCCCAAUGACACACAUUGAUGCUUAAGGUCCCCAGUCCUUUUCAAGAUCUACACCUUCCCUCUUAGGAAUGUGUAAGGGCAGCAAAAACAGGAACCUUGACUACCUCGUUGUGGUUCCUCAAAUGGUCAGAACACCCCACUUGGUUAAGUCAGCUCCCCAGAUUGUAUCUUUACAUCCUGUAGUAGCAAAAUAUAGACUUAACCUAAUCCUUGCUCAGGUUGAAACAGGCUGGCAGUUCUAGUCAGCAACAUUAGAGAAGUUCUCUAAGAUGUGUGUUCUUUAGUCACUAACCUUGAAGGUUGGAAUGGAAAAAAGAGUUUUCCAGAAGUUUCCAACCUUUAACCAAGAUCACCUUUUGGAGAUGUCCAGUAUUGUGGCAGAGAGGGCACAUUGAUGUCAGAUAGGAUCAUGAGUAUAUGUUCUUCAAACGUGGCAGAUGCAUCUUAGCCACAUGAAUCCAAGAAAAGGGGAGGUGCUGUACACCUGUGGGCAGCAGCCCAGUGAUGGCAGAGCUGAAAACCUGCAGCCUCCUCCUCAGAGGACAACCGAAUAUGUAUAUCACAAAUCCAAGCGGACCGCCUUUUGAACCAGCAGUGCCAUGUCUAGGAACUUUUCUCGUGUACAGAAACUUUUAUUAAAGCAACGUUUGUAAUAACAAAGAGUUAGAAACUAUCAUUAAUUCAGAACAGGGGUGAAAAAUCAUGGCCCAUCUCCACAACGGGGCUUUUUGCAGAUAAUUAAAGUAGACCUGCGAUGUGUAUCGCCAGGGAAUGUUCACAGAUCUUGGAGCCACAUGGCUAAGUGGGGGAAGGAGACAUGUACGAACAUGCAUGGAAUGCUAGUGUUUGAGGGAAUGUUCACAGAUCUUGGAGCCACAUGGCUAAGUGGGGGAAGGAGACAUGUACGAACAUGCAUGGAAUGCUAGUGUUUGGAAUAGAGAUAAAUACAUGUGUUGUAGGUGUGUGUAUGCAUAUGUGUGUGUGUGCAUAUACUCACACAUAUGCUUGUGAUGCGUCUGCUUGCCUGUGCCCAGUGUCUCUCAGAAGUGGCACAGUAGCCUGGCAACCUCGGUUGCCUCCUGGAAGAGGGUGGGAAUGACUUUUCACCACUUGUCUUUUGUAUUCUGGAAUUUUGUACCAUGUACAUGCAUUAUCUACUCAAAAAUAAAUAGUUUUUGAAGUUUAA